GCAUGGCUGUGCACUCAUCAAAGCAGCAGCAUUCUCUUCUGCUGUUACUUCUACUAGUACUUGUUGUAGGGAUCCUUUUGGAAGAAGCUAAUGCAGAAGAAUGCAAAAGAAAAUGUGGGUCCCUUAGUAUUCCGUUCCCUUUCGGCACCACGGAGGAUUGUUCGCUGGACGCUUCUUUUCUGAUUGAUUGCAAGAGCAAGAAGAACACUCCAUACUUGCCGCAAACUAACUUAACUGUGCAGAGCAUCUCCCUCAACGGCCAACUCCGCGUUUCUUUUCCGGUAGCCAGUUUUUGUUACACCCGCAACGGUACCAACCAAACUAAUCAGCAACACAACCUCACAUAUUUCACCGUUUCACCCACUCAAAACAAGCUCUUUGUUGUUGGUUGUAAUACAAUUGGAGCAGUGAAUGCAUAUGAUUCAGAGGGCAAGAAGUACUUCACAGGGUGCUUGGCAUUGUGCAACACGCCCGACUAUGCAACCAACGGGACGUGCACGGGAGUCGGUUGUUGCGAGAUCCCGAUCAUGGCGGCGCAAGAGCUAUCUAGCAUGUUUUAUGUUUCUCUCCGUGCCUUCACUAGCAACAGCUAUGUCAGCAGUUUCAACCCCUGCAGUUAUUCUUUUGUGGCGGAAGACGGAGCCUACAAGUUCUCCUCCGCGGAUCUUGCCAAGUUCCACCAUGCCACGUUUCCAACGGUGCUGGAUUGGAGUGUGGGAAACCUGACUUGCCAACAAGCCAAGAAGAACAAGAAUCAUGAUUUUGCGUGUAAGGCUGAGAAUAGUGAAUGUGUCAAUGCAAAGGAACAUGGUUAUCUAUGCAAUUGCUCUGCUGGUUUUAAUGGAAAUCCUUAUGUCCUUAAUGGUUGCCAAGAUGUCAAUGAAUGCAUGGAAUCCAACGAUUGCUACAGUAAAGCAAUUUGCCACAACGUUCCUGGUAGCUAUAGCUGCUCCUGUCCAAAAGGUUACAUAGGAGAUGGCAAAAAAUAUGGAACACAAUGCCGACCCAAUUCCAGUUCCAAUUCUAGAGCAAAGAACAUUUUGAUAAUUGCAUUGAGUAUUAGUGGAGGCGUGAUAGCACUACUUGUGGUGAGUUUUUAUGUGUAUUGGAGAAUGAAGGAAAAGAAACUAAUCAAACUUAAAGAACAUUAUUUCCAGCAAAAUGGUGGCCUAUUGUUACAACAACUCAUUGCUAGACAAAGAGAAUCAACUGAUGAAACAGCUAAAGUUUUCACUGUGGAUGAACUCAACAAGGCCACUAACAACUUUGAUGAAAACAAGAUCCUUGGUAAAGGGGGUCAAGGAACUGUUUAUGAAGGACUACUAUCAGAUAACAAGACUGUAGCAAUUAAAAGGUCCAAGAUCAGUGACCCAAGUCAAAUUGAACAGUUCAUCAAUGAGGUGGUUGUGCUCUCCCAAAUCAACCACAAGAAUGUGGUUAAACUUUUGGGCUGCUGUUUAGAUGCACAAGUUCCAUUGCUUGUUUAUGAGUUCAUUCCCAAUGGUACUAUUUCUGAGCAUCUUCAUAGUCAUAAUCAUUCCUUAAGACUUUCUUGGGAAACAAGAUUGAGAAUAGCAGCAGAAACUGCUGGGGCUUUAGCUUACUUGCAUUCUGUUACUUCUCCUCCAAUCAUACACAGAGAUGUCAAAACUACUAACAUACUUCUUGAUCAUGAUCUUGUAGCAAAGGUUUCGGAUUUCGGAGCUUCCAGAAUUGUUCCACUUGAUAAGACACAAUUAACCACAUUGGUGCAGGGGACAUUAGGGUAUCUUGAUCCUGAAUACUUCCAAACAAGUCAACUAACCGAGAAAAGUGAUGUGUAUAGUUUCGGAGUUGUUCUGGUAGAGUUACUAACAGGACGAAAGGCGCUCUCUUUCGAAAUGCCGGAGAAUGAUAGAAACCUUGCAUUGUACUUCAUUUCUGCAAUGAAAGGAGGGAAUUUACUUGACAUUGUGGACAACCAUGUAAUGAAUGAGGCAAGGGUUGAGCAAAUAAUUGAAUUUGCUAGUGUUGCAAAACGUUGUUUAAGAGUGAUGGGUGAGAGAAGGCCUACAAUGAAAGAAGUAGCAAUGGAGCUUGAGGGACUUAGAGUUGAGGAGAAGCAUAGAGGAGAAAGUGUGAAGUUGUAUUCAGAAGAGACAGAGGAGUUGCUUAAAUCAACAGUAUCUACUUGCAUUGUUGAAGAUGUUAAUAGUAGCAUUGGUCAGAUUUCAAUGUCAUUGGGUGGUGGAAGAUGAUUCUGUAUUUGAUGAUUAGUUUAGGAAAAGUCUAGGGGCCAGCAAUUUUAUUGCAUUUUGGCCAGCAUGUAACCAGCAGAGAAAGGUGAGUCAUUGGAUGAAAUCUCACACCAAUCUCACACCAUCAAAUCAUCAUUGAUGGCUAGUUGAUGGCUACCAAUUACAAAUAUUGCUGGCCCUAACAUUGCUCGUUAGUUUAUUCAACCUUAGCUUGAUGCUAAUGCAUCUUCAUAUGAUUGGUUAUGUAACUUAGCUUCUUGUAUUUGCCUUUUGCACUUGAUAUACAUGAUGAUACUGAUUAUAAUUGUUCUUUUUGUGAUUAAAGAA